AUGUACAUACAGACACAUACACAUGUACACACACACACAGGUACGUACACAGACACAUGUACACACACCAUACAUGUACAUACACACAGACACAUGUACAUGCAUACGCAGACACACACAAACACACACGUGUACACCACACACACCCCCUCCUAUAAAAAGUUGCAGUACUUUGUUGUUCACGCACAGAGCCGGGUACUGCACUCUAGGGGGAGGCAGAGAGCACAGCACACUCUCCUUCCUUUGCUUUCACUGCGCUCAGCUAUUGAGCAGUCUGACGGCUCCCAGUGCCACUGAUAGAUCCGGCCUGAGCUCCGUGUCUGCUCUGCAAGAUGGCCCUGGGGGACACACUCGCCCCCACCAUAAUUUCCACUUGCCAUUGGCGAGCAGGCGAGUGGAAAUUUCAAGCCCU